AUGAAUACCACAUUGGCUUUACUUUUUGGAUGGACGACGCUUCUGAUGAUAUCGAGUUCUGGUAAUCUGCGUUUUUUUAAAUAGCUUCGGAAACUUUGCUUAUCAUCAUCAUCAUCAUUAUUAUUAUUAUUAUUAUUAUUAUUAUUAUCGACAUCGAAAGAUGACUUUUUAGGACGCUAGAUUUCGAUUUAGAGAAAAGAUAUUAAAUAUUGCAUGUUCAUCAAUUAUUACUACUAUUUAAUAAUCUCACUAAACGUGCGUGAAAUUAUUCCCUAAUUUCACUCGUCACCAUAAUAAUAAUGAAUCAAAAAUUUAUAGGAAACAUCAAAUUCAAUUUUACAGCAAGGUAUUACAAAUUAUUCUUUCUCAAUUAGUCGGGUAGCAACACUGCUAGUCCUUCCUUGAUAGAAAGACUCUCAAGACGCAGACUCAAAAAAGACAAAAUAAUCCGAGUUUAAUCAUAGUCUUAUUUAUUGUUUUUCUUUUCUCUUUUAGUUUAUGAAUGGGUUAAUGAAUAUCUGAAAUUUUUUUAAAGGUUGGGCGACAACUGAUCAUCUACACAAAACCAUUCGGAAAGGAGGUAAUACAGUUCCCACUAUUCCCGCUUUCCCACAAGUAUAAAAUGACGCUAAUAUGCUAAUACACUGCAUUAAAAUGGAUAUUUGCGAUAAUACGCUGCUUGUGAAAAUUCGUGGCACAUCUUGCAAAGCCGGACUGCAAACGUUACAUGCUUUUGUGGCUGUAUUAAUAUUUUUCGGUGACAACUACCCUAGCUUUAGCAGACCGCUUUUUAAAACUCACGUCCACACUAUUGAUCAAUGCCUCGCCGCCGCCCAUCCCACUCACCAAUUACCCCUCCCCCCAGCAUCACACACACAGACACACAAGCUCAAACAGUAAAGUAUUCCUAAAUAAGAUCUUUCUAGUGUCCUCUAUAAACAAUGUGAACUCUUGAAAAGUAAAAAAAAAAAAGAAAAAAAUAGCGCACGAAUAAAAAUCUCAGUAGAGCAUAUAUAGUGCCUUGUACUGUCACCACUGGUAAAUUUUACGUUCUAAACAAAGUGAAAAUCAGACGGGAGCGGAAAAAUAACGACACGUUAUUGUUAAAAUUGUAUUUGUUAGAUAAAGUAGCGAAAAAGUCCAUUGCUGGUUCUAGACAAAGUGUGCUGCUAACCUUGGCAAGGGAAGACCUCGGACUUACUGCAGCGGAUGCCCUUCGUCUUUACACUUACGGUUGCUGGUGUGGAGUAGGUAGAAACGCGGGAAAUCCUGUGGACGACACUGAUUUGUAA